AUGUUGGACAUCGAUUGGAGUGAUCCUCAACCUGCCCGUCCAGGCCACCAACGAGCUGCCUCGCUAUGGACAAAAGUAAAGAACAGUAUCAGCAUCCUCAAACCCGAACCCGGCACUCUACCGCCUCCACCCCGGCGUUCCAAUUCAGAUCCUCGUAGCAGUUCUUCCCGAUCCAAGUCCGUCCCUCGCACCUCAUACGACUACCGUACACACGAGCGCCAUCAAAGCCAAAGCCCACCAAGGACCUAUCAACCCCAGAUCAGAGUCCAAACAGGUCACGGCUCUCCACGAAUUUAUACUCCCACAUCUCCUACCAAGGGUUAUAGUUACAAUAUCUCCCGCGGUGCCGCACCUGCCCCCGUGCGCCGGUCGACCCAGCCAACCUCCGCUCCUGUUCGUUCGACCCCCCAACGAUCCAAAACAGUUCCUUCCAAUGGCGUCAUGUAUAACGGAAAGCUAAUCGUUGGGAACUCCAAGGAUGUCGAGCGCUACAUAUCUUCGCAGAGGCGAAUCGAAAAUUGGUCCCGUAAUGUUCGGUGA